AUGGAGAGACAGCUGGUUCACAAAAUUGACCUCAGGAUCCUCCCUUUCGUUCUCGUCAUCUACAUCUGCAACUAUCUGGACCGCAACUCGAUUACCCAAGCCCGUCUAUACGGCAUGCAGACUGACACUCGGACCGAUGGGGCGCUGUGGAACACGGCCAUAUCCAUAUUUUCGGGGGGCUGUAUCGCCAUGCAGCUUCCAUCACCCUUGAUCAUGGCGAAGCUGCCUCCGUCAAUAUUCCUGCCCUGUUGCAUGUUACUCUGGGCAGUGGUGUCGGGUUGCACAGCCGCAACGAACAGUCCAGGGAGCUUGUUUGCCGUGCGCUUCUUUCUUGGCAUCGUCGAGGCUCCAUUCUUCCCGGGCGCCAUAUACUUUGUCAUGUUGGUAUACCAGACGAGAAAUCGGUAUUCGCAUAGCCCUCCUGGUAAGCGACAUCGUCCUCUCCAAUGCCUUUGCUGGCCUGCUUUCGGCAGGUAUCUUGUCGGGUAUGCAUGGAAAAACGUCGCUCGCGAGCUGGCGAUGGUUGUUCAUUAUCGAAGGGCCCAUGCCAUUGCCGUCGCCCUCCUGGCUAUGUUGUCUCUGCCCAACUACCCUGCCACCAGCAAGUGGCUGAACGAAGAUGAAAAGACCAUCGCCCAAGCCCGCCUGAUCAAGGAUAUGGGUGCUGAAGACUCCACCGAGGACGAGGAUACCUCUGUACUCUGCACCCUAGUUGCACCAGUCAAAGAUUACCGGGUCUGGAUAUUCGCUUGCAUGCAGAUGGCUACUACCGCGAGCAUAUCCUAUUCCCAUUUCUUCCUGACGCUGAUCAAGGAGCUCGGUUUCUCGGACAACCUGCUUGUGCUUCUUCUGACCUCGCCUCCGUAUCUGUUCGCCUUCUUCUGGAGCAUCGGCUUCAGCUGGCAUGCCGACAGAUCCCAGAAGCGAUCGCCAUACGCCUCCAUCUCCAUCUUGACGGCCAUGGGGUCCACUAUCGUCCUUAUUGCCGUGCCAUACCACUACCAAUGGGUGCGGUACGCGUUCACAUUCCCACUCACAGCAGGUAUUUUUGGGGUGUACUCAACCACCUACGCCUGGCUGCCGUCCACCAUCCUGAUGCCGCGAACCAAGAGAGCUGCUUCUAUUGGUCUCACCAAUCUAUGCGCCAACAUCGCGUCACUGUUUGGUAACUACUUCUGGCUUGACCAGUACGAGCCUACUUUCCAGGUAUCUUGGGGCAUCCUGCUCGCAUUUCAGUUCUUGUGCUUUUCGUGUAUCAUGAGCUUGCGGUAUAUCCUGAAAAGAUCGAAUCGGAAGUUUGAGGAACUAGGUAGCAGGUUCUCGGAGAGCGAUACAGCGGAUUUGACGGGGCUGCGUCCUAUUGAGAGGAAUGCGGUUAUAGGCGGAUUCCGCUACAUUACAUAG